GCUCUCCUCUCCUCUCCUCCUUCAACCUCCACGGUGCAGCUACGCCUCUCGCCUGUGUCGGCAGCAGUGUGUAGUAGUAAUUUGCCCGCCGCGCUCUCCGCUCGCAUUCUGUGUCACGGUGCCACCGGGAGAGGGGCGACAGACUGCUGCGCGUCAGGGGAUACCAGUCACCAUCCGCACGGUUCAAGCGACAUCCCGCCGCGGGCAAUGACAUUUGCAGACUGAAGAGGGAAUACACGAGAAAACGCAAAAAUGACGGUGGACUUUGAAGAAUGUAUAAAAGACUCACCCCGAUUCAGGGCUGGCAUUGAUGAUGUGGAGACAGAUGUGGUGGAGAUAGAGGCCAAGCUCGACAAGCUGGUGAAACUUUGCAGUGGGAUGAUCGAGGCUGGCAGGGCCUAUGUCAGCGCCAACAAGCUCUUUGUCAACGGCAUCAAGGACCUGUCCCAGCAGUGCAAGAAAGAGGAAAUGAUUUCGGAAUGCCUUGAAAAGUGUGGAGAAAGCCUCCAGGAGAUCGUCAACUACCACAUGAUUUUAUUUGACCAGGCUCAGAGGUCGAUCAAGCAGCAGCUUCACACAUUCAUAAAAGAGGAUGUGCGCAAGUUUAAGGACACCAAGAAGCAGUUUGACAGGGUGCGCGAGGACAUGGAGCUGGCCCAGGUGAAGAAUGCCCAGGCACCCAGGAACAAGGUGCAUGAGGCCGAAGAGGCCACCCAGGCACUCGUCCUCAGCCGCAAAGCCUUCAGGCACUUGGCCCUAGACUAUGUACUACAGAUUAAUGUGCUUCAGGCUAAGAAGAAGUUUGAAAUCCUGGAUGCAAUGCUGUCCUUCAUGCGUGCUCAGUACACUCUGUUCCAACAAGGCUUCCACAUCCUGGACGAGAUUGAUCCCUAUAUGAAAAAACUGGCUGCACAGCUGGAUCAGCUGGUCAUUGACUCGGCCAUGGAGAAGAGGGAGCUGGAGCACAAACACGCCCUCAUCCAGCAGAGAACUCUGAUGCAGGACUUUUCUUACGAUGACCCCAAGUUGGAAUUCAAUGUGGAUGCACCCAAUGGUGUGGUCAUGGAGGGCUACCUCUUCAAGAGAGCCAGCAACGCUUUCAAGACCUGGAACAGGCGGUGGUUUUCUAUACAAAACAGCCAACUGGUCUACCAAAAGAAACUCAAGGACUCUUUGACGGUGGUGGUGGAGGACCUGAGGCUGUGCUCAGUCAAACCAUGUGAAGAUAAUGAGAGAAGGUUCUGCUUUGAGGUGGUUUCACCCACUAAGAGCUGUAUGCUGCAGGCUGAGUCUGAGAAGCUGCGGCAGGCUUGGAUCCAGGCAGUCCAGGCAAGCAUCGCCUCUGCUUACAAAGACAUCGCCGACAAUUACUACAUUGAGCGUUUGGACCGGACAGCCUCGCCCUCCACCAGCAGCAUCGACUCUGCCAGCGAGCCCAGAGAGAGGGCUGAUAGGGGGGUUCGGGGAGGUGGGGAAAGCCUCCUCCAGAGGGUGCAGAGCCUGCCAGGGAACGAGCUGUGCUGUGACUGCGGCCAAACGGCGCCCUGCUGGGCAUCCAUCAACCUGGGAGUGCUGCUCUGCAUCGAGUGCUCAGGAAUCCACAGGAGUUUAGGUGUCCAUUGCUCUAAAGUGCGUUCACUGACGUUAGACUCGUGGGAGCCAGAAUUACUCAAGCUGAUGUGUGAACUGGGGAACACUGUGAUCAACCAAAUUUAUGAGGGAUCCUGCGAGGAGCUGGGAGCGAAAAAACCAGGACCGUCUAGUUCAAGACAGGAGAAAGAGGCCUGGAUCAAGUCUAAAUACGUGGAGAAACGCUUCCUGAAGAAGAUGAGUGGAAGCGAGGCACUGGUGGAGGGUGAAAGGAAGUCCCGGCCCUGGACAGUGAAGAAGUGCCAUCGACACAACAGCUCUGUUCGGGCCCCCAACAAGGCUCGCAGGAAAUACCAUCGCUACGAGCCAGGCAACGCUUCACCUGCAAACCUCUCAGCGGCAGCUGCAGCAAAGUUUCGCCGGGACUCCCUGUUCUGUCCAGAUGAGCUGGAUUCGCUAUUUUCCUACUUUGACACUGGCUCUGGUCCUCGCAGUCUUAGCAGCGACAGCGGCCUGGGAGGAAGUACUGAUGGCAGCACAGACAUCCUGGUUUUUGGCUCAGUGGUGGACAGCGUCACAGAAGAAGAGGAGGAGUCAGAGGAGUCCUCCAGUGGUGAGGUAGAGAUCGAACAGGAAGUGUCUUCGGACCCUGAAGACCCGAGAGAGCUGCACCCCGGGGCGCUCCUCCACCGUUCCUCCCGUCUACACAACCUGCCUCUCAUGGCCGAGGCAUUGGCGCACGGGGCUGACGUACACACUGCUAGUGAGGAGGAGGAGGGGAAAACGCCACUCAUUCAGGCCGUGAUCGGGGGCUCUCUGAUAGCUUGUGAGUUCCUGCUACAGAACGGAGCCGAUGUGAACCAGAGGGACAUGAGAGGCAGAGGCCCACUGCACCAUGCCACCUACCUGGGACACACAGGUCAGGUGUGUCUGUUCCUGAAGAGAGGAGCGUCGCAGACGGAGGUGGAUGAGCAGGGUCAUGACCCACUAAGUAUCGCUGUCCAGGCUGCCAAUGCAGACAUUGUCACCCUGUUGCGUCUAGCGCGGAUGAACGAGGAAAUGCGAGAAGCGGAGGCUCCCUUGGGUCAACCAGGUCAAUACCACAGCAGCAGCCCCACUGAGCAGCAGUAUAGGAAGUGCAUCCAGGAAUUCAUCUGCCUCACAAUAGAGGAAUGCUAGGGGUCACUUCUGUGUCCAGGAGCAUAGCUCGUGCUCUCUCCCUCUCUCCAUACAUAUAUAUAAAUAUAUAUAUUCCUCCUAAAGUCGCCCCUAGACACUGAUCUCAAGUCUGUUACUUACGUAGAUCUAGGCUUACGGGCAACUUCUUGAGGUUGUCUGAGGAGAGAAGAGCGUACCACUUACUCAUUAUGAGGGGCGUUGUCUGGGGAGACCCCUGAUGGACCUUUUUAACUAUACUGACACUACACUCCAUUUUUCUGCAUCACCACUGCUUGCCAUUACUCGGCACCACCCAUGCUAUGCUAGCUACAUGACACACACACAGUAAAAUGACAUCUGCUUUUUGGUGUUUUGCUAACGGGGUUGUCCUUUAACUUAUCAUAACAUGGUGUAACCUCUUGUGUAAGGGUGCGGGUUUACUGUUGACUAGCAGCUCUUACUUCUAAAGAAUCUCGCUGCAUUAACCCCCUACACUUUAUAUAUAUCCAGACUCACCUGUGUGACAUCCAACUUACCCAUCUCUUCUUAAUCGGAAAUGUAAAUAUACAUAUUUAGAAGUUAUAUGGGUAAUCUUUAAACUAUGUGCUGUGGCAUGAGGUGAAAAAAUGGUACUGUUCCAUUGCUAAAAGAAAAAGAGUAACUGACAAGCUAGAGUAGAGGUGGGCAGUGCUGUUUACUGUGUAUAAAGAGGGAUCAGGAAGGGAAAUUUAAUGUAAAACUGUGACAAAAAUACUGAAGGGCUUGUGGAGAAGAGACCCUUGCCUGCUUUGUAAGAUACUUUGUGAUGUGAGUGAGUGAGUGAGUGAGUGGACAGGAGAGUAAAUGAGGGCAUGUGUCAAAGAAUACUGAGAGACAGAGUUAAAUCGUAUUAUAUUAUGAUACAUUAUGUAAAAGAAAAAAAAGAAACUGCACUUUUCCCAUCUACAGUAUUAUAAUUUUGUUUUAUUUUCAUUCAGUUCGUUUUUACAUUGUUCUUGUCUAGUCAUUGUCAAGUGUCAAGUUAUUGUCUACCUAUUGUCUUAUUUUAUUUAUGUUUAUCUCCCCAGAGGACCAGUGCAAUGCAUUCUUUGAUGCAGUCUACUUCCACAUUUCUGUUAACGAUUGUGUCAUUUUGUUCUGAAAGCAUUACAUGGAAUUUAUGACAGUAUUUAGAUUACGCAAUGUAAUAGCACUCAUAAAAGACUUGCUUUCAUUUUCCCUGUGGAGUGGCCUUACAUUGAAGUAUGAUUAUUGGUAUUUAAACACACCACUAAAAGAGAUUCUCUGGUAACAGACUCUAGUUACAAUGUACUGUUUUAUUCAUCUGACAUCCAUUGCGUAACUAGUGAGGAUUAAAAUUUGCCUAGUUGUCAAACUGAAGGGCAGACAAACCAGAGCAGCAAGUUCGCAGUGUAGGGAGGGAAUGUAUAAAACUGGAUUCAUAUCUCUCCCUUAAACAGUUCUUCUGUUCACUAUACAAAGUGAUUCACAACACCUCCAUUUUGUUGUAAAUAUUCAUCCAUGUUACAAUAUCUUGUGGUGAGAUGAAGGAGCACAUGUCUUUAGAACAGUUUACACACUUGAGGGGUCAAAGGACUUAUAUAUCUGGCUUCCCUCACUGGUCAAUGCUUACAGUAUUCUCUGCAUGCUUUGCCAGAAUUGUUUUUGGGAGGUUCAACAUCGUUUGCAUUCUGAGCAUGAUAAAAUAUCUUUCUAUGGUUUGUUCACAUCGUGCAGUGCAGUCCUGUGGAAUAAGCAUGUACCACCAUGACCCCUCUGGUGUUUCUUACUUUUUGCACCUCUGUGCCAUUCUUCCAUCCACAGAUUAAAUCUGUGGUGACUUCCUCAUUCUUGUCUUUUUUUUGUUUCCACAAAAGCUUGCGACCAGUAAUUUUUAAUGUUGUAGUUUAUUUUUCUCUGCCAAAGACUUUUUAAAGGGAAAGUUUCUGACAUUGCUGUGUAAUAUCACCAUUUUUUUGGUUUGUUUUUUAAAAAACUGAAACUGUUAAGAGUAGAUACAACAUAGUCUUACCAUGCUUUGUGAAGUGACAGAGUGGUAGAAACACUGUUGGUGUACUCAUUUGUUCAAAAGAGGUUACAGAAAUGUGACAGACCUGAGAGAUUUUGAUAUGGCAGGUGAUAAUCUGCAAUAGUUCAAUGUACUGCAAGUAGAACCAGUCUAGGGGGUGAUGUGAUGCUACUGUGACCAAACUGUUAAGGGCCCUCGCCCUAGCGGACGUAUUAAAUGUUGUGUCCAUUGUGUGUAUUGACAUAGGAGUGGUUAAAGGUGCUGUUUAAAGCAAACAUGAUGUAAAUAGUACACUUGUGUAUUUUAACUCAACGCCAACUGUCUGCCUCUCAGCAUUCAAUCACAGAUCCUGACUGUCUGAUCUGUUUUAUGUUUGUCUUUUUAUUCUCUUCCAAAAAGAAAAAAAAACAACAACCUGUCAGUCAAAACUGUAACACAGUUCUGCACUACUUGGAGGCGUUCUUCUGUUCACUGACAUUUGGAUAUCUUUGGAAUACUUUCUUCUUUGUCUUUAGAAGCACUGAGGGGGAAAAAAGAAAACAAACUGCAUACAAUAAAACUGAUAAACUCUUGAUGAACUAACCCUGCUUCCUGCUUGUUGCUCUGAUUUCUGUUUCCUGUCUCAUCUCUUAUGCAUAACAUUCUUUCAACAUUGCAGCAAUUUAUUUGAAAAUAUCGAAAAUAGUUGCUCAAAAUGAUCAAUGGAUAAAUAUUAUACAUAUAUAUGUAUGAACAUUGUCAGAUGUUGGGAGAAUGCUAUUUUAUUACAAUCUGAUCUGGUGUCUUUUGGUCUAUAACAAACUUUUGGGUAGCACUUGGCUUAUUCAAAGCAAUAAAAUGGUUUCCUUCAUGAUAAACAUAAACUCAGACAUCUCCAGACUAGGGUGACCAGAUUCCAACAAACUUAAUGUGGGACAAAGAGUAUGUUUUUGUGGGACAAUGUGGAACACGUUACCAGUGUGGAGAGGUAUUCUGCCCUUUAGCUCGUAAAAUCUCUAUGCUUUGCCCUUUAGAUGAUUUAGUAGCAUACAGGUUUGGCUUUUAGCAUUUGAAGGAUUGAACAAAUUUAUUUGAAUGCAACUUUCCCACCUCAUACGUAGUAAGUAAAUACAGUAAGCAUAAAAAGAAGCUUUUCGAGUUUCACAGUUUUUAUUAUGGCCUUAUGCCAUAGUCUGCAAUAGUCAUCUUCCACCGACUUCACCCAGUUAUAAGUAGUUUCCUAGUGUUUUUUGUAGCUGCAUUUCCUUUUCUUUGUAGUAGUUUCUAUCAUAUUCUGCUUAAAUCUGCAUAGCUGUCUGACUUUGUGGUGACUUGCAAUUUUACCCAUUGGGCAUAGCAAAGAUGGGUUAACCAGCACUUGACCCAUGUGAGCGUGGUUGCAUUGACAUCAAACACAGCCCCAUGGUGACAACCAUCCCUGCUUUUUUCACAGCUAGUGGAUAAAAAACUGAUUUUGGAAAACAUCUGUCAUGCAGUGAUUUGACUUUUGAAAACAAUGGAUAAAAAUGCUGUGCAGUCCCACAUAAAGUGGGACACCUGGUCACCCUACUCAAGACUGACAAUAAAUUAAAGAUCACUUUAGUGUUUAGUGUCUUGUGUGUUUCAAACAGUGCCUCAGUUUGUAGCCUGCAGCAUCAACACUGUGCCUUGAAUAAUUCAGUGUAUCCAGCGUGUAAAAGAUUUAUGUGAUCUCACCAGCAUUGUUGCACCAUCAUUGAAAAAUGUUCUCACACGUCAGAAAUGUCUAAUUCCACGCUUUACAUUUGAGGCAAACAGCACAUUUCCACUUGAGGAAUAAACACUGACUGACCUAUCAUUGCUUCUGUUACCACAGGGGUUGCCACGGGCAGCAGGAGAGUUAAACCCACUGAUGUUCGGGAUAGAGUGAGUGAAGCAUCCUGGGCCGUCUUACUUGGGAAUCAGUGUGAUACUGUGAUUCUCUCUUCUCUGGUGGUUGUGAUCUUUAAGGUGUCUUGCU